ACAGCGCAGUCGGCACGUAGAAAAUAACAACAGCAACAACGAAAAGUCCCUGGCCAAAACACGCCAACCCAGCGAGCGCGACUUUGUUGCUGCGGUUUUCAGUUGCCAGCGCGAUUUUGAAUCGAGUUGAACGCGCCGCGUUGUCUCUUGAGGCGCCCAGCAAACAACAGCCAAAAAGCAAAACACACAAACGUAACGAAAUCCAAAAACCGAAAAGAAACAAAAUUACGAAAAGAAACACUUCAAGAAAGAAAAAAUCAAAAUCAAAUCUGAAGCCGAAAUCCAAAUGUUAAAAACUGCGAAAUCAAUAGCAAAAGAAUCGUGAGUGCGUGUGUUCCGCUGUGUGUGUGUGUGUGUGUGUGUGCGUGCAUGUGCGUGUGCUGCCCACUUCACAAUUUCGUUGUCUCCCAUUUCCCCCGCGUUCUCACUCUCUUACUCGCUCUUACUCUCGCUGCAUGCGAGUGCAUCUGUGUGUGUGUGAGUGUGUGCACUGCACAUUUGCUUUAUUUGCUUUGUUUUUGUUUUCGUGCCGCGCAAAUGAAAUUUGUGUGCAAUAAGCGGCGAAUGCAGGCCAACAAUAACAACAACAACAAUAACCACAGCGAUAACAGCAGCUAUAACUUCAGCGACACCACCACCAACAACAACAACAACGAAAACAUUUCGAGGCAAUCUGCAUGCGGCCAACUAACUGUAAAACGCGCUGUGCACCGGUCAGCGGCAACUAACAACUGGAAAUAGCACAACGAGCAACCAGCAACCAACAACCUGCAACCAGCAACCAGCAACCUGCAACUGUGCAACGUGUAACGUGAAGCGCCAACGACAAUUGCAUAAAAAUUGAAAUUAGAUAUUGGCGGCGCAUCAAAUUACCAAAUGCUGUUGCUGCAGCCAGAACUAUGGCAACGACAACAGCAAUACAAACAGCAACAGCAACAACAGUUGCUCAGCAAAGGCCGCUGCGCGGUAUUUCAAUAAUAAUUGAAGCUGAGCCAAAGCCAACUGCAGUCAACACCAAUCACAACAACAACAACAACCGAAACAACAGCAACAACAACAACAUUGAAAGCGACGAAAUGUCGCUCAAGUCACAGCGCAUGUUGUUGGCAUUUGGCGACAAGCACGGCAGCAAUUUGCAGACGCUGCAGGUUGACCAUGCAACUAAAGUGGAUUUGGAAACGAGUUGCAACAUAGAUACUGCCACAACAGCAGCAGCAUCAGCAGCAGCGGCAACAACAAAAUUGUAUCCACAGUUGCUGCUGCGCAUUGGCCAAAGCGAAGAAGCAGAGACAACAGCAACAGCAGCAACAUCGACAGCAGAGGCCGAGGUUGAGGCUGCCACAACAGCAACUAUUAUCAGCUGCAAUGUUAGCGACGACGACGAAGACAACGACGUCGACAACGAUAAUGUUAGAAACGUGUUGCUGGCAGCCGCAACAGUUGAUGUUGCAGCUGCAUCAGCGGCUGGUGAAAUUAUUGCUGAGAGCGUCGCUAGUCAGUUAGUCGAUUGGACAACGGCAACGAGUGCACUGACCGAUGCACAGCAGCAGCAGCACACGGUCAAGAUACAGAUUGCAAACAACAGCAACGGGCAAAGUUCACCCACAGCGACAACAUUAACGCCAGCAACUGUUGCAGGUCAAUGCCAACAGCGUAGGUUGGGCAAACAGAUCAGCGUGGUCAAAUUGAACGACAGUCAGAGCAGCAAUCAUAGCAGUGAAAUGGUGCUGCAGCUCAAGCACCAGCAACAACAGCAACAACAGUUGCAGCAGCAGCAACAACAGCAGCAACCCUAUCAGCUCUGCUAUUUGGUAUCAAGUGGCCAAUAUUCGCCCUGCGAGACACUCGACAGCGGCACUGGCAGCGAUCUGGAGAGCAUCAAGUCACCGGACAGCAGCAGCAGCAGCAGCAGUCACAGCAGCAACCACAGCAGCCACAGCCACAGCCACAGCAACGGCGGCCCUUUGCAGCUGCAUUUGAAGACAACGCGCAUACGCGUGAAUAAUGCAAGUGCCACAGCAACAACAACAACGACAGCAACAUCAGCAACAACCACAACAAGUGGCAUGCAACACAGUCGCGCCUACAGCCUGACCGAUGACAGCGAAGAAUGCGACGAGAGCAGCAGCUCAUCGCUGAGCUGCGAUUCUCUGCACUCGAAUGAUGCGAACAUUUCGUUGCGCCCACACAAAUUGGUUGCUGCCCAAUUGUUGCCCAGCUCCUUGUUGCACGACAUACGCAACACGGAACGCGAUGCAAUCACAGCAACAGCAGCAACAACAACGGCAACAUUAACCCCAUCAACAGCAACCAAAAUCGAUGGUCGCCCGCUGCAAUUCGAGGCGGAUCAAUAUUACAAUUUCCAUGUGCAUGAGCAUGACAAUUAUCGCAGCUUUGGCGACUACGCAACGCAGUUGCAACAGCAACACCACCAACUGUUGCCAGAGGAGCAGCAACUCGAUGAGGAUGAGGAUGCUUUUGUUGGCUACAAGGAUGUGCGACGUGCCUCCCAAGCGUCCACCAUUCGCUCAUCGAAGGGAACCGUGCGCGGCGUCAAGAAUCGUGUGCGCAAUGGAGUAGCCACCUUCUUGCAGCUGCAGCAGCCCAACGCCAAGAACUACAAGGAAAAGGAUGUGGGCAAGGUUGUGCUGUACACCACAAGCAUGGGCAUCAUACGGGAUACUUAUGGAAAGUGCGCGAAUGUUAAGCAGAUACUGCGCACCUUGCUCAUCAAGUUCGAGGAACGCGACGUCUUCAUGAGUCUCGAGUAUCAGCAGGAGAUGCGCGAUCGAAUGCAACACGAGACGAUACGUGUGCCGCAGCUCUUUGUCGAGGGUCAGCACAUUGGCGAUGCGGACACUGUGGAGCGUCUGAAUGAGAGCGGCGAAUUGCGACAGCUGCUGCGGCCUUACAAGUCUCUUGCAACGGCUUACACCUGCCAGACGUGCGGCGGCUAUCGCUUGCUGCCGUGCCCAUCGUGCAACGGCUCCAAGAAGUCGGUGCAUCGAAAUCACUUUACCGCCGAGUUUGUGGCUCUCAAAUGCAUGAACUGCGACGAAGUCGGAUUGGUCAAGUGUCCCAAUUGCUAGACAGGAGCACAGAAGCACACAGGACAUCAGCAACUGGCAACUCACAACUGGCAACUGGCAACUGGCAACCGAAGCUGUCUAAAUUUAAUUUAUUCACUCGCGUACCAUUUUUUUUUGUUUCGUAUCUACUAGGAAUAUUAUUAUUACUAUACGUAUUUCUAUCCGCAGUAAUAUUUUUUUUCGAUUUUUUUUUUGUAUUUUGUAUAUGUAUCUGUUUAUGCUACGAAGCGCAAAUGUAGUCGUUUGUUAUUAACAGUUUGUGAUAUAUAUUUGAUUCAGAGUUUUGCUGCCAAGUUUCGCAUAUUUGCAAAAUUUUGGCCACAGCACAUCUGACGGCGAUCUGGCCCUGGCUCUGGCCACUUGGCGGAAGAACUGCACAAUAAAUACUUAUAUACAUUA